UAGAAAAUAACAUAGCUUCCCCAAGUCUCCUGUUUUCCAUGUUUUUCUUACCCGAUCUUCAAGUUAUCCUUGACUGCCUCCCUUAAACUGAGAUACCCCAAACCCAUAAACCCCCAAAAAAGAAAGCAAAGAGAUGAAGCUAAGAAGAUUGUUGCAUGUUGUCUUUCUUAGUUUCGUGUUGUUGUCUGCUUCAGGCGGCGGCGAUGCUAGAUUUGUGGUUGAAAAGAACAGCUUGUCAGUGACUUCGCCGGAGAAGAUAAAGGGAACCUACGACAGCGCGAUUGGGAAUUUUGGGAUACCUCAAUAUGGGGGAAGCAUGGCUGGUACAGUGGUUUACCCUAAAGAUAAUCAAAAGGCUUGUAAGGCUUUUGAUGAGUUCGGGAUUUCUUUUCAAUCCAAGCCCGGCGCUCUUCCUACUUUUGUUUUGGUCGAUCGUGGAGAUUGCUUCUUUGCUUUGAAGGUCUGGAAUGUGCAGAAGGCAGGUGCUUCAGCUGUUCUUGUUGCAGAUGAUAUGGAAGAACCUUUAAUAACUAUGGACACACCCGAAGAGGAUAGUUCAUCCGCCAGAUACAUUGAAAAUAUAACGAUCCCGUCUGCCCUUAUUCAGAAAACUUUUGGUGAAGCUCUAAAGAAAGCAAUCGGUAGUGGGGAUAUGGUCAAUGUUAAUCUCGACUGGCGUGAGUCUGUUCCGCACCCUGAUGAUCGUGUGGAGUAUGAGUUAUGGUCUAACAGCAAUGAUGAAUGUGGUGUUAAAUGUGAUAUGCUGAUGGAGUUUUUGAAGGAUUUCAAGGGUGCUGCUCAGAUACUUGAGAAAGGUGGCUAUACUCAAUUCACACCCCAUUAUAUAACUUGGUACUGCCCUCAGGCUUUCACCAUUAGCAAACAGUGCAAAUCUCAAUGUAUCAACCAUGGGAGAUAUUGUGCACCCGAUCCCGAACAAGAUUUUAGCUCGGGUUAUGAAGGGAAAGACGUCGUGAUUGAAAACUUAAGGCAGCUAUGUGUUUUCAGAGUGGCAAAUGAGUCCAACAGGGCUUGGUUGUGGUGGGACUACGUGACAGAUUUUCAAAUAAGAUGCCCCAUGAAGGAGAAAAAAUAUAACAAGGAAUGUGCCGACGAGGUUAUAAAAUCUCUUGGGCUUGAUGUUAAAAAGAUCGAUGACUGUAUGGGAGACCCUAAUGCUGAUGCCAAUAAUCCUGUUCUGAAAGAAGAACAAGAUGCCCAAGUGGGAAAAGGAUCCAGGGGUGAUGUUACCAUAUUGCCUACCCUUGUUGUCAACAAUCGACAAUAUAGAGGGAAGCUGGCCAAAGGUGCUGUUCUAAAGGCCAUCUGUUCUGGUUUUGAAGAGACCACUGAACCAGCUGUUUGUUUGAGCGGUGAUGUGGAGACUAAUGAAUGCUUGGAGAACAAUGGUGGUUGUUGGCAAGAUAAAGCAGCCAAUCUCACAGCUUGCAAGGAUACAUUUAGAGGUAGAGUUUGUGAAUGUCCCUUGGUUGAUGCUGUGCAAUUCAAAGGAGAUGGUUAUACUCACUGUGAAGCUAGUGGACCUGGAAGGUGCAAUAUUAACAAUGGAGGUUGUUGGCAUAAAUCACAAGAUGGCCAUUCGUACUCCGCUUGUUUGGAUACCGGAGAUGUUAAAUGUCGGUGUCCUCCUGGGUUUAAAGGUGAUGGUGUCAAAAGUUGCGAAGAUGUCGAUGAAUGCAAGGAGAAGAAAGCCUGUCAGUGCCCUGAAUGCAGCUGCAAAAAUACCUGGGGAAGCUACGAGUGCACUUGCAGCGGAGAUCUUUUGUAUAUGAGGGAUCAUGAUACCUGCAUAAGUAAGACUGGUACUGAAGUAAGAUCGGCAUGGGCUGCUGUUUGGAUCAUUUUAAUUGGCUUGGGGAUGGCUGGCGGUGGUGCAUAUCUUGUUUACAAAUAUAGAUUAAGGUCAUACAUGGACUCUGAAAUCCGAGCUAUAAUGGCGCAGUACAUGCCUCUGGAUAGUCAAAGCGAAGUUCCCAACCACGUAAGCGAAGAUCGUGCAUGAACAAACACUGGAAUAUUUUCCAAGGGUAGGUGGUCGAUGAGGAGGUUGUUAUGCCCUUCGAUUCAUUUGGAUUUCAAGCAUGGAUGUUAUUGAUAUGUAAAGGUAUCUGGGACAAUAAACAGAUUGGGAUUAGAAGUUGGUCUUUGUUCCUUGGUGACUUAAAAUCAUAACAUGUUGAAAAAGUUGAGAAUAGGUGGACUACUUUGGUUAUAUGGGGCAAUGGUGGAUGGUGACAUCUGAGAAAUUUGAUUUACAAAUUCUAAAUCCUCAGAAUCUUUUCCACAAUCUGUGGCAGUUGUGUAAUGCGUUUAUGCCAUGUAAGUUUUAGCUGAGAUUUUUUGUUAUUGUAUUCUAUUUGGAGC